AUGUUCUGGAGUAGCGAGCAGCUGAAUGUGCACAUCCGGCGCCAUAGCGGCGAGCGGCCCCACCGCUGCCACCAGUGCAGCAGGGGCUUCGCCACCAGAGGGCUCCUGACCGUGCACAUGCGUGUGCACACGGGCGAGGCGCCCUACCGCUGCCCUGACUGCGGCCUGUCCUUUAAACGCAAGGUGCACCUGGACAACCACAUGACUAUCCACUCGGGCGCCAAGCCCUUUGUGUGCGGCGAGUGUGGCAAAGCGUGCGCUAGGAGGACCUACCUAACCGUGCACAUGAGGACGCACAGCGACGAGCGUCCAUACAAGUGCAGCGUGUGCGACAGAGCCUUCACGCAGAGUCACUGCCUGAAGACACACAUGAAAAGCCACCAGGAGGAGCCAGCCUACCAAAGAUUGCAGUGA